CCAUGAGCAAUGACGUGGGCCCCUCACCAAGAGCUAUCUUGGGAGUCGAGUUUCCCAUAUGCAAAUUAGAAGAUUUUGAGAAAUUUGAAAAGAGUAUUGAUCCUAAAAAUGAAGAAAAUGCAGCCAAUCCUGAUGCCGCCUUGCAAAAACAAGAAGCUUUGAAACGGAUUAUGAAGUCCAUUGUACAAGGUACCAUGCAUUUUGACAGAGACGUCAAGCACAUUUUGGGUGAAUUAACCACAGCUGAUGUUCAAGAACAUUACAGUGGGAUUGGUCGGAAAAGGAAUGGGAUUGGGAAGAGAAAUUUCAGCCUUACUCUCGUUUUCGCAUGUAUGAAAGAUGUGCUUGAGAAAAAAUAUGCAGAGAAGUCAAAACAAUUGAAUUUUGUGACUGUGACUAGCGAAUAUUUGGCAGGUUUCGGCAGUCGUGAUGGAAGACGAGCAAAACGUAAGAGAGAGGCUGAUGAAUGA